CGCCUCCAUUUUUAACCGUAACACGGUUAAAAAAAAAAAAAAAAAAAAAUCGCCUGGAUUCCGCGUUUAGAUUAAAUUCGCAAACAUUUCCCCUCCCCGUCUCUUUGCUCGCCAAGAUUGGACCAGAGAUACGCUGUUGUUUCCUGGAGGACAUAAAGAACACGAAGGGAUGCAGAGCAACAUCCGCUAUAUAACUGCUGUAUAACCCAAAAUGUAUACGCUUAGGCUAUUCAAACAUCCAACUGAAAUUAAAACCAAGAAACAAUAUUAAAAACAAAAAUCCUUGGUGAAGUUACAAGACUGAAAGAAGCCUGAAAGCAGGAAGCAAGUUGGCACAGAUGAGCUCCUGCAACUGAGAAUAACACACCAAGAAAGAUCAUUAACACAUUGGGACACACACACACACACAUAGCUGUCCACCCACUGACACACACACAUUCACACACACUAUACACACAGAUGGCACUAGAAAACUCCACAUUCUCUUCUCGGCCAGAGUCCCUCUCUCUGCCGGUCCCAGAGAAAGGGGAGGUGCCUGCUGAGGAGACCAAAGAAGAUGCUUCUGCCACUGGAGUAUUUAAUGUAUCUGAGGAACUCGGGCAUGUUGUAACCACAGAGACAUCAUCACCCCCACAAGUGAAUGCUAAUAACAGCAUGUCAUUCCAGGACAAGAUGGCUGCACGGGAAGCACAAGCCAAUCAGCACAGAAAGAAACCGCAAGCGACAGGGCAGGAACGAGGAAGGUUUGGCUGGGCCCGCAGUAAACGUAAGAGGCAACGUUAUGUGGAGAAAAAUGGCCGAUGCAAUGUACAGCAUGGUAACAUGCGGGAAACUUACCGUUACUUGACAGACAUCUUUACCACUCUGGUGGAUCUGAACUGGCGCUGCUCGCUCUUUGUUUUCGUCAUGGCCUACGCCGUCACCUGGCUUUUCUUUGGUGCUAUUUGGUACCUUAUUGCAUACUGCAGAGGAGAUCUGGAUCAUUUGGAGGAUGAGACGUGGACUCCAUGUGUGAAUAAUGUUAACGGAUUUAUCUCCGCUUUCCUUUUCUCCAUUGAGACUGAGACCACCAUCGGAUAUGGCCAUCGUGUCAUCACUGACCAGUGUCCUGUGGGCACUCUGCUUCUACUUUUACAAGCCAUACUGGGCUCAAUGGUCAAUGCUUUUAUGGUUGGCUGUAUGUUUGUGAAGAUCUCUCAGCCAAACAAGCGGGCAGAGACGCUGGUGUUCUCCCGGAACGCGGUCAUCUCUCUGCGUGACGAUAAGCUGUGUCUGAUGUUUAGAGUCGGCGAUCUGAGAUCCUCACACAUCGUGGGAGCAAACAUGAGAGCUAAGCUCAUCAAAUCCAAACAGACCCAAGAGGGUGAAUUUAUUCCACUGGAUCAGACAGAUAUCAGUGUGGGCUUUGAGACAGGGGAUGACCGAUUGUUCCUUGUGUCUCCAUUGGUCAUCUCUCAUGAGAUCGACUCACGCUCACCAUUCUGGGACAUGUCCCAGUCACAGCUAGAGAAGGAAGACUUUGAGAUUGUUGUUAUUCUUGAGGGCAUGGUGGAAGCUACAGGUAUGACAUGUCAAGCCCGGAGCUCCUAUUUGGCCGAGGAGCUGCUCUGGGGUCACAGGUUCAGCCCGAUGAUGUGCCUGGCCGAAGGAUACUUUGAUGUGGACUAUGGCGCAUUUCAUCAUACCUUUGAGGUGGACACUCCUUCUAUUUCAGCCCGAGAGCUUGCGCUAGCUGCUGCUCGUCUGGAAGCUCACCUCUACUGGUCGAUCUCCAGCCGGCUAGAUGAAGAGAAGUGGGAGGGGCCUAACCUGACAGAGCAGUCAAAAAACCCUGUUGAUUCUGAAUCUGUCGUUGGAAAAGACGGAGACGGACCAACAUUCAUUGUGGGUGGAGUUACAGAAACCCAGGAACAGCAAGUUGUAGGGGAACAGAAUGGGAGUGUCACUACAGACCAAUCAGAAACUGAGGCCUAAGAGAAAGAAAGUAAGGAUGCAAGUAUUUUUAGGUUUAGAAAGUUAAUAUUAUAUUAGAUUUGAUUGUGAAACAAUCCAUGCCUUCUUCUACAAAUCUUAACCAUUUAGCCUCUAAUGUAUAGCAUAGAAUACAUUUCCCCAACGGGGAAGUCACUUGGUUUGUUGGUUUUAAAAGCAGACAUUUGAAACUGUCCUGCAUUAUAUUGUGGCAGGGUGUUUUCACAGCUAACAUUAGGUUUCCUGAGACCAGCCAUUUCACAGAAUUCUCAAAACUAACACAGGGUAUACUUGCUUUCACUAUACACAAUGUUUUCAUUUUGAGACAUGGCAGACAGGACAGAUUGUUUGUGUAUUGAAGAUACGUUAGAUACGCUGUAUUACAGUUGAUGGAAGUGCCAUGCAACUAAAACAUUAUAAUCCCUGGGGUUCUCUUUAUCAGCUUUUAACAGGAUUUUGACUACCAGGAAUUUAUUGGUAUUUCUACCUGUUUUUCAGUACAGUCUCUCCAAUGCAGGAAAUUGCUCUAAUGGGCAUAUGAAAUGCCUUUUUUUGUUUAAAACCAUAAAUCCUACAGUAUGUGUGUCUGUUAUUGUAAAGUCACAGUCAGCCUUACAAAAAUAUCUUGCACAGAGAUAACUUUUUUUUUUUUUUUUUUAAAUUUAACAGGGGAUUUGUUACUUAACUAUUCUCUAAAACAAUUCUUAAAUACUGUACGUGUUCCAGGAAUGAUGCAUUUUAUAGAUUUCAGAGGAAAUGCUAAACUAGGGUCAGAGAUUCAUGACUUUAAAAGAAUAGUCUAAUCAAAAAAUGGUAGCAAAGCUGUACGGAGAGCUAGUAGCUAUCAGUUGGCAAUAUGCCACACACAUCAUGUUAAUUAAUGGCUACUGGCUUUCAUUUAUACAAUGCCAUGUCAGCAUUUUUGCUCCUACUAUUCAUUUCAUGGCUGCUCUCUUGUCUUCAGAGCUGCCAAUAAAUUUAUGAUGAAUUACAUUGGUGAGUGCAGGCUACUCUGAUGGAACAUAUUCCACUAAUAUUCUAGUCCAUUCUAUUCUUGGAAGCUGCCCAGAACUAAAGCAUUUCUAAUGCACAGUUUAAUUAUUCCUGUAAUGUCCUGUGGGAGGGAAACCUGCUGGUGCCUUUUCUGAUGUUUCUAGACCUUACAAGGAAUUGGAUCUCUGUGCAAUACUAUUAUAUAGCCAUAAAAAUACCAAUCAUGAUAUAUCAGUAACAACGCAGUGAUAGCACAUAGGGUUGGGAAUGUAUGGACAAUUUAUGAAAGAAAAAUAUGACAAAACCUUCAUUCAAAUAAGUGAAUUAAUUCUAUUACGCAGUAACAUGGAGACGGAGGUAAAUGAAUACAUAGUGAAAUAGCAAACUGAGAGCACAAAAAAGUUCACGACAAUCAGACUCAGUAUAUUCAUAAUAUGUUAAGCUAGUGUUAGAAGAGUAUUUGCAAAUUUGUCUACUUGUACAUCAUGUUUCAAAUCUGUAUUUAUUUUUGCCUAUUGCUAUUCUGGUACAAUGUAUUGUAUUUAUAUCUAUCAUCUAGGAAGUGAUCGCUUCAAAGGUGAUGGUCCAGACCUGUCCGAAAAUCUGGCAACCUCAGAAAUACACAGGUCAUUUUAGUAACCGGAAUUUUACCAACUGGAUACCGGCCUGUUACGCAAAUCUUCCCCGCAUAAAUAUUAAUAUAUCUUUUUAAAAUAAGUUGCACCAAAAUCUGAAUAUGGCCCAAAAUUUGACCAGUUAUACACACACUGACAUACUGGUGGAUCUGUGGUAUCUUGGUACAUGCAUUAUACUUGCAUUAGGUAGGCUGACAAUAUGGGCAUGUCAUGUUUCACAAAAUGACAUCCUAAAGUACAGUUUAUUGAUUUCUAACGAAAUCAUUUUGUCAGGAAAUAUUGUAAUGCCAGACUUUCACGGAUCAAGAAAAUCUUUUUUUUUUUUUUUUUUUUUUUUUUUAGGAGAAUGAACCUGACUAAACUUUAACAGACUAUAAUAUUAGUUUAAAUGCUUAGUAAAGACUUAAAAUCCAGACAUAGUGGACCAUAUCUUGUCACUGGGUCUAUUCCAAGUGAGAAAAAUGUAGUAGCAGUGUGGUAGAGUUACACUGACAAAGUAGCAGUUGUCAAUAUAAAGGGAAAACAUGUCAUGGAAACUGUUAGAUAAGCAACAGGCAAUAGUCAUGGGACAGCAAAAGCAAAUGGCACCUAGCCGUAUGUUACACAUAUCAUAGCGAACAGUUGUUAUAGUAUUGACCAGUUCGAUGCAUGUAGCCAUUUCACAGUGCAUUAUGGGAAUAUGCCUGGUCUCUAAGGUACUGUGACCGUAACAUAUAGACAAUAGACUGUCUGUCUUUCAUUUAUACAAUGCCAUACAUCUCUCUCACUUUCUAUCUAUCUAUCUAUCUAUCUAUCUAUCUAUCUAUCUAUCUAUCUAUCUAUCUAUCUAUCUAUCUAUCUAUCUAUCUAUCUAUCUCUCUCUCUCUCUCUCUCUCUCUCUCUCUCUCUCUCUCUCUCUCCCUCUCUCUUAUAUAUAUAUAUUAAAUCAUAUGAACACUCAAAAGUAAUACCAGUUAAGAGGUCUCUUUAUUGUAUACGUUCCGACAGUUGGGAUUUUUAGUAAUGUAGUAAGAACACUUACUAGCCAUGGACACUGUUUUAGAGGUUUCCCUGCUCCAGUGAACCUGAUUUCAGUUCAUUAAAAACUGAAAAGCCAAGAAAAAACUGAAAACACUAAAUGGUCCUAAGCUAAAGUUAUUUGGGUAUAGAGCCUUGAAAUAGAGUGAGUUAGAGUAAUCAGAAUAAGUAGGGGCAUUUAAUAUUUACCACAUUCAUUGUUUUAGCGCAAGAUUAAUUAGCUGUUUUCUACAUAAACCUUUGUUAGAGAUGCUCUUUACACUACUUUGGUAAUUCAUGAUCAUAUAUUUAAAGAAGAAUUGUUUAAAGAAGCAAAUUCCAAUGAAGAAUUUUACCUUCUCUAUGAGAGACCCAAUUGGCACUGUUAAAACUAUGAACAUCUCAUCUAUAGCCUUGUAAGGAAAAGGAUGAGCGACUAUUUUUUGAUUAAGAGCAGGAUUAUUUCUUUGCCAAAAGAAAUGUGAAAGACAGCCUGAAAUCAAAAAUGUUAAAUUAUGAAUCAUAAUUCUUCAGAGUUUUUCUACAGUACAGUGUUGUGAGAUGCAGAAAACAAGUGCUUAAUCAUGAUAUAUGCUUUAUUAGGGCAAAUCCUACAGUUAUAUGAAUUGUCUAUUGUCUGAGAAAUCCAUAUUCAAAACCUAGGGAAACAGUUGAGGGUCAAAAGAAUAAUGGACUUAAUGACAAUAAUGCAUGAUAAAAUUUUGCAGUAUUACAAAGAAACGACAGGAUAUACAGAAUAUAGACAAAAUAACCAAAGAGUUAAACAGAACAGGUGAACACAAUAAGCUAACAGACCAGUAAUUAGAGUGGCAGUUAGAACAGGACCAAACCAGAAACAAAAAACUUGAAUGGGGUAUGUAAGAAAUGUUAUGGUCCUAAAUGUUUUAAACAUUACAUACAGCACGUUUAAAUACAAUCUUCAGAACAAUAUCUUAAAUACGAGUAAAUUGUAGCUCGAAGAGAAAUCUGAGGCAGUUCAGUGCUGUUUUGCAAAUUCUUGUUUUAAUCUUGAUCUUUCAGUGAGUACUCCAGAUUACAGUAGAUUAGAGUCUAGAUUUGUGAUUUGAUGAAGAGCUUCAUGAAUGUACAGUCUAUGUUAAAUUUCAUGGCACUGUUUUAUUGCUUUUAAACAACAAUUCUGUAAACAAAAAUCAAGAAAAAUUAAUAUUGAGUUACUGAUAUUUCACACACAAUAUCACCAAAUGGUCUGUUUGUUUUUGCUUCACUAUCAGAUAUAAAAUAAGCCACACACACUUUAUAGCAUGUUAACAAGCUUGCUAGUAAUUUGUACUAAAAAACGAUUCUAAAAAACGACAUAUGUACAUUUCAGUUAAAGUUGCUUCGAGUUUAAUUGGCGUCCCCUCUUAAUUUUCACCUUCAUCCUACGAGCAUAAAAAAUUUCAAGGUAGCGAAGGUAUUGUUUGUCAUGUCCACAUAUAAUGUCACUAACUUCACUGCUGUAACUGCUACAAACUAGGAAGAGGAAUUCUAUGUGGCGAAUUGAGUGAAACAGUAAACAGUGAAAUGUACCAGAGUGGUUGUACUACAGUAUAUUAGCAAAUUAGUGGAUCUGUAUUAACUGCUUUAUAAUUAAAAAUCUCAAAGUAUUAAAGGAUGGCUAAAGUUCAUUUUGUAACUACAUAAUAACCAAAUAUUAUAUCAGAAAGCCAGGGGCAAAGUUUAAUAGUAUGAGUGCUCUUUAUUUGUGUCAUUUUUGUUGUCUGUAGGCAACAUUUUGGGUGACGUUUAAAGUCUCUGAGAUUUUGUGUUCAAUGAACUGUAGAAGUCGCAAUACAUGCCUUUUUAAUACAGUCUUUCUAUAUGGCUUUUAAUGUCAUGUGCCAAUUGGACUUUUUGCCAACUUCUUUACAUCAUGUAGAGAGACACAGUGUAUUGAUUAAGAAAAGCCCAUCAUUUUCUUUCUCUUGCUCUCUCUGAAAUCUUGCUGUAUAAAGUCUUGUAAGCAGUCAGUAGCACACGCAAAUAUUUCUUGCACAUACAGUAAAGUAUGUAAAGCACAAACCCUGUGUUCCUGAAACUUUUCCCCUUCUUGCUUUCGCUGCUCUAGACAUUUUUUAAUCUAUGUUUUUAAUCUGUAUGAGGACCUGUAUUAGA